AUGCAGGAAAAAGAUGCUGUUUCUCUUCUCACUCCUUCUGUAAAAGAGCUGCAGAGGGUUUUGUAUGGAGGUAAAAGAUUUGGGAACCAUGUGGAUGAAGUUUGGCCUAACUUGUUAAUUGGGGAUAUGUCUGUGGCCAAUGAUCGCUAUAGUCUAUGGAAGCUGGGAAUCACUCAUGUUGUGAAUGUAGCUCAUGGGAGGAUGUACUCUCAGGGAAGUCAUGACUUCUACGGACCCACUGUGGAUUAUUAUGGAGUUCCUGCUGAUGACUCGCCAUCUUUUGACCUCUCUCGUUAUUUCUUUCCUUCAGCUGAGUACAUUCAGAAUGCACUUGACACAAAUGGUGCUCAGGUUUUAGUCCAUUGUGCAGUUGGAGUGAGCAGAUCAGCCUCCCUGGUCCUAGCCUAUCUGAUGAUCCACCAUCACUACACCCUGCUAGAGGCGAUCAAUAAGGUCAAAGAGCGUAGGUGGAUUUUCCCAAACAAAGGAUUCCUCAAACAGCUUUGUGCUUUGGAUAAGAAACUACACAUUAGAAAUUCACAUCAAGAAUAGACACAUAGUCCAACAUACAGAACUUUGAAUGUCAGUGUACUUCAACUUUAAACAGUUUGUUU